ACAGGCAGCUACUGCACAAAGAGGGGGGAAAAGACUGAUAGCUAAAUAAGAAUUAGAAAGAAUAACAAUUUCAUUUUUUCAAUUAUUUUUUUCAUUAUAAAAUUUUUCAUAUUUGAUUUAUUAGGGCUUUUAUUUUAAGAACAAGAAGUGGUAAAGAGAGACACACAAAGAAGAAAAUGAUGAGUCUGCAGUGCAUCACAAUAAUCUUCCUGACCCUGGCUGGCAGUGUGUAUUGUGAAAUGACAAGUCCUUCCACUCCAAUUAAAGUCAAGGCUGAACUAGGUGACAAUGUCACGCUGCCCUGCAGAGCUCCAAACAGCAAUCUCUAUGGCAGCUUGAGAAUUAAAUGGAUCAAAGUGUCAGAGGAUGAGUCCGUGACUGAAGACGUCCUGUUAUCAAUGGGACUCCAUGUGAAGACCUAUGGAAGCUUUGAGGAUCGUGUCUUUCUGCAGGGCUCCGAUGAUAAUGAUGCUUCCAUAAUAAUAGAUGAUGUCUCCAUGGAUGACAUGGGAAAAUACCGCUGUGAAAUCAUGAAUGGAGUGGAAGACGUGAUGCAUGAUGUCAUCCUGGAGGUAGAAAAUGGUCCAGCUCAAGGUGUUGUGUUCCCAUACUCUCCCCAUCAUGGCCGCUACAACCUGAACUUUGAAGAUGCUGUGCAGGCCUGCAUAGAUCAGGGCGCUGURGUUGCCUCCUUUGAUCAGCUGUAUGAAGCCUGGAAGGAUGGUCUGGACUGGUGCAAUGCUGGCUGGCUGAGUGAYGGCACAGUGCAGUAUCCCAUCACCAAACCCAGAGAACCUUGCGGGGGCUCCAGUAGCACACCUGGCCUCAGAAGUUAUGGACGUCAAAACAAGCAGAGCAGACGCUUUGAUGUGUUCUGCCAUGCUUCCUUACUCAAGGGUCGUUUCUAUUGGCUGGUCCAGCCAGAGAGAUUGACCUAUGAUGAGGCUGUGCAGGCGUGCAUUGACGACGGUGCAGAGAUCGCCAAGGUGGGUCACAUUUUCGCCGCCUGGAAGCUCGAGGGUUAUGAUCGCUGCGAUGCUGGCUGGCUGGCUGAUGGAAGUGUCCGGUACCCCAUUUCGAGACCCCGCAAGAACUGCAGCCCCACAGAAUCUGCAGUGCGCUUUGUUAGUUUUCCCGACAAACAGGUCAAGUCUUACGGUGUCUACUGUUACAAAGAGUGAGAGCACCAAGUGUUAUAGAGAACCUAUAGCCACCAAAGUGCCACAACAACUACAGCUGUUUUUGUAAACAAUGAAGCAGAUAAGCUUUGGAUAUUAACUAUCAUGAAGUCAGUAUGUUUCUGACGAUGGGAUAUUACUCAGUUUCAAACCAGUAUGCAAUAAACAACAUUUGUAGUAUUUAGAUGCUGUUCUAUGCUUUUCUUGAUGUGCAUUAUUUGAACAGACUUUAAGUAAAGUGCAACAGUGUUAUUACACAACAGAGACACGAAUUUGGUGACCAUAAAUUUAUUAUUAUUUUCUUUUUGUUAAGUUCACUGUGUGACACCCCAGUUAAAGUGAAAAACUAAUGCUCAUGUUAAGAGAUUGUGGGCUGCUUUGAAAUGUGUCUUCAUUUUUAUAUUAAGCAUCAAAUCAUUUAAAAGCAAACCGAUUAAAAUUUGACAAAUAUAACUCGGCUAAAGCUUAAGCUAUGGUUAUACUAAUGUUAUGCUAAUAAUCAAGCUAUCAAAUUGAUUUCUAGAGAUUGAUCUGUUUUUUUUCAUUAAUUGCAUAUUUUAAAAUGUGUGUUGUCUCUAAACAGAUCAUUUGUGAUCAAAUCAACUGCAAAAGAAUAAGUGUAUACGUAUUUUGUGACCUGUAUUUCAAUAAAUGUUUAUCAUUACACCAGUUUCCUAUAAAAAAGUUUAAAAGACAUAAAUCCUUGUGCAGCAUGUGUGUAUGUUCUAACAGAAGUGUUUUUUUCAUAAUGAUUUUAAGUCAACAAUCUAAUUUCUGACAAAAAGAAGAAAAAGAAAAAAAUAUGCACUUUUUCUUCUUUGUUGUUUUGUUUUGAUUUGGUUCUUUUUUUCUAACCCCAGCCAAUGACAUAAUUGGCUCUUCUCUCAGAUGUGAAUUUGAACACUUACUUGUAGAAAUUGAAUAAAAUAUAAUGUUUUUGUCACCUCCUUUUGCAACAUUGCAGUUUAAAAUAAAAAAAAUGUAACUUUU